CUGCACAUGCAUGGGGCUGCAGAGCAAUAUUGUGGAUGUAAUAGUGUGCAUCUGUCAUGUUUAUUCACAGUGUCAAGGUCACCUCGAGGUCGUUCACACAUCAGAUCAGAGCUGCUUGUUUUUUUACGGCUGAAGUCAUUGGACGAGGGAGAUAAAGAGGUGGAGAGAUGAAUAAGUCUAGGAAUCAAAAUGAAAACAGAUGGAACAGAGUUGCCUGUUUUGGAUUUAUACAGAUGGAUUAAAGAGGAGCAGUGUGUGUGUGUGUGUGUGACCGCUGGGGUCGGAUCAUAAAGACUGAGGUCAGUGUUGACGGCCCAAAAUCCUCCAUCGCUCCCGCCAUCUGAUGAGGAGUGAGAGGGAGCAGAGACGGCCGGAGGAGCAGGGUCGGAGGUUUCCUUCCACCUUGAUGACGGAGCGGAGAACAGAGUGAGACGUUGAACAGGCUGAGGGGUCCAUAUCCUCCUUCAACCCCCACCCCCACCCCCUGUCUGCAGGAUGGAGCUGCUGCAGCAGAUGCGUUCCCCUCGCCUCUCCUUCAUCCAGACGCUGGUGUCCCUCUUCCUGGGCGGCACGGCGCUCAUGUCCUCCUACUGGUGCGAGGGUCAACAGAAGGUGCCCAAGCCGCUGUGCACGGCCACCAAGCACAGCAACUGCAUCCCCGUCCCUGGUGUCUCCAACUCCAACAUCCAGUUCUCCUGGGAGACGGGGGACGACCGCUUCGUCUUCCCCACCUUUCACACGGGCCUGUUUAUCACCUGUGAGGAAAACAUCUACUCAGACGCAUGGGAGGAGAAGUGUCGAGGGUUUUACACUCUCACCCCCCGAUCGGAGAAAGCUAUGAUGUGGCUGUCGCUGUCUCUGGAGCUGAUGUACGUCGGUCUGCUGUUGAUCAGCUGCACUCUGCUGUCGGUGCAGUUGUGCAUGAGGGCCUGGUGCCCCUCCACGCAGCGCUGGGGCCAGCUGCUCAACGCUUUUGCGGCUGUUUUCACAGUCCUGGGAGGUCUGCUCGGGAUGGUGGGUCACAUGAUGUUCAUGCAGGUGUUUCAGACGACCGUCUUGAUGGGACCAGAGGAUUUCAAGCCUCACAGCUACGGCUACUCCUGGGCUUUCUACGUGGCCUGGUUUGCCUUCACAGUCUGCAUGUCCGCCGGCGUCUCCACCCUCAACAACUACACCAAGAAGGUCCUGAUGGUGGGACCCCGGCCGCUCUUCAACGCCUGGACCUUUAACUUUGUGGGGCUCCUGCCGCCGGCUCCUUACUACACCCCUCCCAACGCAGCCAUCAACCUGGCCUCUCCCCCGUCACCUCCCCGGAUCUCCCACCUGUCUCCCUACUACGAGCCCCCGUCCACCAAGGUGCCGGCCUCCGCUCCGAGGCUCACGAGCUCCCGUUCGCUUCCUCUCCCCCACUCUGAGUCCUUCCCUCCUCACCCCUCCAACCCUGCCCCCGCAUCUCCGUUCCAUCGCCUGUCACUCCCGUCAACAUCUCCAUCACCCACGGCGUCCGUCUGCGUGCGCAUGGCGCUGCCGGCACACAGGGAGCACCCCUUCGAACCAGAGGACGACUACAGCCCGCUUUGACCUUUUGAUCCAGACUGAAGUCUUCCAUCUUGGCAUUGCAGGUCAAUGUUGGUCAUGGACUUGUCAUGUGCUCUGAAUUCACAUUCCAGUCUCCAGACUCAAUGAAGUAAUUAGAUUUGGUCAUAAUCACUCUGUUCUAAUAAAGAAGGAGGAUGUAGAUGAAUUAUUGAAAUGUGUUCUUUGUUAAAUCCAGUGGAACCAAAAGGCUCAAUUUCACAACAACACAAACUUAUAAAUAAAUCUAUAAUGUUCUGAA